GUUUACGCAAAGCUCAUUUUUAUAUAUUUUUUAUUAAAGUUACUUAUUUGUUUUAAAUUUUCUCAAUCUCGCAAAUUGUUCUGAUGUUUAAAAUCUAUUGAUCCAACUGGUCACUGAUUCAAACCUAAACCAUUCCGAACCGAACCUGGCCAUCUCGUUCGGAUGAAAGAGGUUAGGUGACUGGACAUGAUGUUCAAGCGUGAAAUUGAAGGCGGGAAAGUGCACGGCUUACGAAAAUUAAAACAUUCACAUCCGGACAUCCAAAGAGAAGUUAGCGCAUAACAAUGGCGGGAGAGAGCUCAGGCGACGAUUUUCGGAGCUUGGUAGAAGCCAUUACAUCAUCGGAACUUGUUGAGGCUCGCAUUCAGCUGAUCGCAAAGCUUGGGGUAGCAUUGCCACCUGAAGAAAAUCCAGACUUGAACGCUCUUCUAGAGUUUCUCAUCACAUUAUGGGAAGGCUUUACAUGCCUAGAUGUGUCUCAAUGCUUGUUGAACAAAGCGAUAUUAGAAGUGGCUGCAAAAUACCUAGUAGGAGACAACUUCAGAGACCAGGAAAAGUUUCUGACUUUGGGGACUAAGGCCAGUGAGUGGUGUAUGAAGCAUUUAAAGAUGACACUUUUGUCAACUGAUGAUUCCCAACAAGAUGAGCACUACAGUAUCUUUUUUCAGUUGCUAUUGGAUUGUUUGAACUUUUCGGUGGCAUGCAUUUCAUUGGUUACAAGAAACCCCACAUUGGGUGAUGAGCUACUGAUGGAUGCUCUUGGAAAAUUCAUUUGGGAACUUCUGAAUUUGAUUAAAGAUAUAAUAUCUGAAUUCAAGAAAAUUCACGCAUCCACUUCAGAGUUACUUAAGGGUGUCGAGUUGGUUUUAGAUUCUGUAAUGAAGCUCUGCAUGGCGUAUUCAGAAAUAGUGCAUUGGGACCAGUGGAAUCAGAUCAGAGAUAAAGAAAGCACUGGUCUGGAUGGUGAUGGAGCAGCUGAUUCAAAUCAUGUUGCCAAACUAAUCAAAUGUACUAUUGAGAAGCUUUCUGAAUUAGGGACCUUAGCUGCCGAUAGUGGUGGAAGUCUGGUUACUAUCCUAAAUUUGUCUUGGAAAGGCGUUGUUUCCUUGCUUCAGCUUGGAGAUGGAACAUUAGCAGGGAUGACUAAUAUUGGGGAAAUCAUCAUGAUUCUCAUCUCACUGGCCACUGAUUCACUGAAAUGUGCAGCUGAAGCUUGGUGUUCCACACUUGAUCAAAUGAUAUCAGUUACAGAAGCCAAAAGAGUAUUUCUUCCAAUAAAAUUUUACCUAAUCAAUGCAAUUAGAAUAUCUAACCUCUAUCCAUAUCAAUCAUUCUCAGUAUAUCAGGAAGUCACUCUUUUUAUCUUACAACUUAGAACAUUGAGGGUCACAUUCAGCAAAGAGAUGUGUCUGAAGAAUGUCUGUGAAGCUAUGGAAAAACAUCUGAAACCUACAUCUCUUAAUUUACUUAUGUCCUUACUUAAUUCCGCACAGUUGAAUGAAGAUCAGAAAUUCAAAAUUCUUGAUUGGUUAUUUUCUGUUAACAGAGUCUUACUCUCCUGCCAUUCUGAUCAAGAUACUGCUGUCAACAAAGUUUGUUUGAAUGAAAUAUUCUCUGUUUCUUGUGAUGCGAUGCCUACAACUAGAAAAUUGUUGCUGGGUCAGGUAUCCCUUUUUAUUGAUCUACUAAAAGUUUCCCCUGAUCUAGAACAAAUUGUAAUACUUAGGAUGGCUAGAAAGCUACAAUGGUGUUUGGAUGUUUUAGUUGAUGAAGAGGUUUAUUCAUCAGCUUUGGUCUUACUUGUUCCUGCAUCAUCUGGUGAAGGCGAAUCGUUUGUUCUGACUUGGGAGCCCUUUUUGGUUUCCUUUCUGCAUGCACUGAAGAUCUUUAUGAUAGUCGUUUCCAAAACUGAAGCAUGGAGUGAAAUGGAGUUGUUCCUACUUUAUAACAGUUUUCAUCCUCAUUUUCUUUGCUGGGAGAUCAUCAUGGAGCUGUGGUGCUUUUUAGUGCGUCAUGCAGAGAGCACCACUGUUUAUUCUGUUAUAGAUAAACUUUGUUCUUUAUAUAAGAUGAUUGCCUCUUCCGAUUCCCUUCUUUCUGCGCAUUCUGCAUUGAGAAAAAUGGCCAGAUUGAUGUGUCUGCUUCUUGCUUCAUGUACACCAUCCACCUCUGAUCAAGUUUAUAGAUUCAUUAUGACCGAUGAAAGAUCACACCAUUCUGUAGUUAUGUUUGCAGCUUUAUUAAUGGAAGGAUUUCAGUUAAAUUCAUUAUCGGAUAGCUCAAGAAAUGCUGCCACAGAGAAAAUUUUUAGCGAGUAUAUUCACUUUGUUGAUGACUAUAAUGGAAGCUCGUUUAAUAGCUGUAGUUCUGAUGCUUUUGGAUUGCCAGUUGUUGCACUUUGCUCUGCUUUGCAAUCAAUGCAAAUUGAAGCAUCUGGAAUUGACAAAAACACAAUGAAGUUUUUGUUAUUUGUUGUCCAAACAUAUAAAAGGUCUACAGACAGGGUUACCAAGAACCUUUGUUGUAGGCUUUUAAGUGAAGCACUGGGGAUCAUUUCAACUGCGAAGCACUUGUACAGCAAUGGUCAAAUGGAAGACAUAGUCACCGAGCUAGAAAACUUGUUCAUCUCUGGGCCCAUCAACAAGGAGUAUGAAUUGCAUAAGUGCAAGCCGGCUCUAGCUUCGUUCAUGUCUAGCUUGGGUCAUAUGAAACUGGUCGAAAAUGAAGAAAACAUAAAGACUUCAGCUGUGUGUCACUUAUUUCACAUGUUGCUUAGAGAGAGGCACUGGGCCCUCAUUCAUCUGGCAGUUUCUGCAUUUGGGUAUUUUGCUGCUCGAACAUCUUGCAUCGAGUUGUGGAGAUUCGUCCCUUCUGAUGCUGCUCUAUCAUUUGACGUGAAAUCAGGAACUAAGGCUGAUUUUGGGUGGUUCAUGUCUGAAUUAAAGGUGUUUCUGGAUAAAGAAACUGCCCUUCCUACCGCAACAGCUUCAUCCUCGGAGCAAUUUGAGUUUGUUUUGAAAGAUGGUGUUAUUCUAAAGGAACUAUUUCUGAAGAAUUCAGACGUUAAUAUCGAUGCUUCACAGUGCGAAAUUAUGGAAGUUGAUCAUGUAAAUCUGCCCAACAAAAAAAGGAAACUGCCUCAUAGUUUUACCAGUGGGAUCGAACUGUUACAAAAUGGUUUAAAACUUAUAGAGGAUGCUUUGUCCGUGUGGCAUCAAGAUAAGCCUGAUAAUGCUGACCUCGACGAUAAGAUCAGAAUUCAGUUAUCUCGUCUCGACGAUAUGGUUAAUCACUUGGCUGGGUUUGCUGGUUGUGGCUGAAUCCUCUGACUUAAAGGCUCAAUGAUGCGUGAAUUGUGAAGUGACUGAUAUUAUUAUUCAGUUUAUUAUGCAACAUAUUUGUGGUUCACUGUUGAUAGUGCGGUAGGUUCCAUGUUUAUUUGAGCAUUUACUUGCAUUGUAAAUUGUUUCCAAUUACUACAGAAUAGACAAUUAAGGAGCAUAGUAAUAUCUUCUUGAUCUGUAAGAGAAUGUUGUCAGUUUGUUUGUGUGCAUAAGCAUUGCGCAACUUCUUCGGCAUGAAACAAGUUGUGAAUUGAAGGCAAAAACAUAGCAUCAUGUAGUUAUUAAAAUUUCAAUUCUAAUCUAUGUUUUAAGAUCUUU